AUGGGAUUUGGCUUCGAUUCGCUAACCAAUGACUACAAGGUUAUCAGGAUUGUGUAUUUCGAAGGACCCUUUAGUUGUCAAUCUCCUCCGGAGGUUGACAUUUUCAGUCUGAGCACAGGCAUAUGGCGGAACAUCAGCCAUUUGGGUCUUCAAUAUACCAUCUACCUGCGGGCUCCACAGGCUUUUCUGAAUGGGGCGGCGCAUUGGCCUGCAUAUGAUUGGAGAAGGAGGGGCAAUUUGAUCGUGUCAUUCCACAUGGGAGAUGAAGUAUUUGGCGAAAUGAUGGUGCCCGAUAGCUUGGUUCAUCACAACUGGCUGCAAGGUGUUCGUGUUGCUAAGUUUCAAGAAUGGCUUGCUCUGAUCCAUAUCAAGCGUACUGAUGACAAUAAUACUUGUUGCAUAUGGGUGAUGAAGGAGUAUGGCAUACCAGAGUCUUGGACUAAACUAUUUAGUAUUGAUAUGAGUGGGGGAUUAUUCACUAAUGUAGCCGGCUUUACUAGGAAAGGUGAAGUUCUAUUUGGGACAAAAGACACGUAUCUGGUAGCUUAUGAUCCUGAAGUGGAACAAGUAAAGCAUCUUCAUGUUCGGGGAUCUACAGAUUCAUGGUAUAGGGACUCAUUUUAUGCAGAUGCUUUUACUGAGAGCCUAGUUUUAAUUAGAGAAAAAGAGCCACCUGUUUUGCAUGGAUAA